UUGAAUACAUUUGUUUUCUUUAUUUUCUUUUAAAUUUUCCCCACAACAAUCAUUUACAUUUUAACGUAUUUAGAAUUUUGAAAUUUAAUGACGAUUUCAAUGACGAUUUCGAGACUUUACAAAUUCAUCUGUUUCUUCGUUUUCUAUUUUCAUCCGUUUGUUCAGUGUAUAAAACGAGCUCGUCAAAGCAAUACUGGAUUAUUUUUAGGAGAGCAAAUCAAAAGAAAAAUUAUAAUACGAAUAAUAGCUUGUCUAUGUGUUAGUGGUUAAUGUUAUUAUUAAUUUUGCAUUCGAAUACAUCGGUUGCGAGAGUCCUUUAAGAGGAUAAAAAAAUUCAAAUUUAUUUGUGCAAGAAAUCUUCGGCUUUGGAGCUCACCAGAUCAGACACUCAAGAGAAAUUCUUUGACUCGUAUUGUGACUGAGAAUCUUUAGCUUGUUACUACUAUUAUUAUCAUUUAUUAUUUGUUUUCGUUUAUUUUAAAUUCAUCAAAAAUACUGCGACAAUGUCUACGUUGAAGUUUUGGAAUAAGAACAACGAUAACAACGAUGCGAAGACGGAAGCAAAGAAUGUAAAGAACGGUCGCAAUUGGCUGCAUGCACCGGACGCUUUGGUGAACGGUCAUGUAGCCUAUCUAGUCAAGUUUCUCGGGACGACGCCUGUUGAUCAACCGAAAGGCAUUGAAGUUGUAAAGGAAGCAAUACGACGACUGCAAUUUACGCAACAGAUUAAAAAGGCUGAAGGCGGAAGCAACACUAAAAUGAAGAAAGUUGAAAUAACGAUCAGUGUUGAUGGUGUCGCAAUUCAGGAGCCUCGAACAAAUAAUAUUUUGCAUCAAUUUCCACUCCAUAAAAUAAGUUAUUGUGCGGAUGAGAAAGGCGUGAAGAAAUUCUUCAGUUUCAUUGCGAAAACAGGAACGUCUGUGCAAUCAUUAACUAAUGGCGAUACGACCAGUAUCAACACAUCAUCGUCAUCAUCUGUUGGUAGUGUGACUGGAACAGCCGAUGAAUCUCAUGAAUGUUUUGUCUUCAUCUCGAAUAAACUUGCAUCUGACAUCACAUUGACGAUUGGUCAAGCUUUUGAUUUAGCGUACCGUCGUUACAUGACCGACAGUGGAAAGCAAUUUGAAAUUUCCAAACUUCAAUCGCAUAAUAAAAUUCUUGAAGGAACUGUUCAAACGUAUCGUGAACGUUUGCGUGAAAUCACCGAGAUUAUGUCGAAGCCGGACUUGGAUAAGUUUUUGUUACGUUUGGGAGUGCGCGAUAUUUGUGAAGUUCAAGUUCCAGAAACUGUUGCUAUCGAUGGCAAUAAAACACCAGAUUUGGGAAUUGAUGUUUCGAUACCACAAAAUGAUGAUCAAAUGUUGAUUGAAUCAUCACCAAAAAAUACUUUCGCACCGAUUGUACCACCACGCAAUCAAAUUACCAGUACAAUUGAAGCUUUAAAGCCUUCAGUUGGGACGAAGCUUGAAGGACUUUUGUUAAAUUCUGAUUCUGAUUCUGAUUUUGAUCCACGAGCUGAUGAGAAUGAAAUGAAUAAUGGAAAUAAAAUUUCGAAUGAUUUAUUUGGAUUCGAACCGUCAAAGACAUCGGGAGGACAGCAAUUGUUUAAUUCGGGUAGCUUCACUGAUGGAACAACAAACAAUUUCACAAAUCAUUCAUCACCACCACCUUUGUUGGCACCACCACCAAAGGCAACAACACCACGUCGCAACAAUAAUACAAAUGGAAAUCAAGAUUUGUUCGGCGCUGAUCCAUUCCAUCCAAUCACAAAGACGUUUAAUGAUUUUAAUGGUUUGGACUUUUCUGAUGAGUCACGAAAUUUCACCAAAGAUCUGUCGACUCUCAAGUUUCAAAUGAGUCGAUUUGAUGAUGAUUUGAGUGAAAAGCAUGACAUGAUAAAUGAUUUGCAAUCGUCACGAAAUCCAUUUCUUGCGCAAAGUCAAGAAUCGGCGAAAAAGUCGCCGUCAAAGUUGUUUCAAAAGUCAUCUGAGAUGAUGAUGGCUGCAAAAAACAAUAAAUAUGAUGUCUUUAAGAAUGAGGUGGGGAAUGUUGUUCAAGAAGUGCCAGUGGCACAUCAGGUUAAAACGGUCAAGACUGAAGUCAAUCCCGAUCUGUUCAAGGACUUUGCAAUUGCAGCGUUUAGUGAGUUUAAGGUCGAAAAGACGUCACCAAUGAUUCAUGAGUUCUCGAAUAAACUUUCCGAUCAAAAGAAUCUCCAGAAUGGCCAUCAUCAUGUGUCGAAGAUGAAGAAUGGAUUUAACAUUGAAGACUUCAGCUUAUCGGACUUGGAUCCAUUGGCGAAGUAAGAACGGCCAUAAAACUUUCUUUCCAUCACCAUUUAUCACAAGUUAAAAACUCUCCAUUAAGUUAAUGUUGAAAGAAAGUAAAUCACGAGCUGUUGUGUUUAGCAACAGAUCAUCAUCGAUUAUUAUUAAAAAGUAAACUUUGAGUUGAAGAGUUUUAAGUUUAAAAGAAAUUUCUAAGAAACUUUAAUUGUUUUUUUUUGCUACUUGAUAAUAUGAUGAGAUGAAGUUUGUUAAGAUAAGUGGAAAAUUUAUAUAGCAACAAAAGUAUUGUUUGUGUGUCCGAGAAAUGACAAUUUUGAUUUUCAUAAUGAACUUCAUCCAUUUGUCAGUAAAUAUUAUUAAUGAAUUCUCUUUAACUAAACGCAUUGAUGCGAAUAAGUAAGCAACAUAAAGCGUGAUUGAUAUACGAAGUUACUUCUUUCCUUUUUCACAUAAUCUUCUAUUUAAUAGUAAACGAAAAAAAAAGAUAAAAAAAAAACAAGCAAAUGCAUAAGAAAGUGAUAUAAAAAUUAUAUUUUUUGUUGUUGUAAUCUCUGAAGUGCUUUUGCUUCUUCAUUUUUUUAUGUUGUAACGUUAAGAGUGUUAAGAGUUUCAAAUAGGUAAUCAUUGAAUGAUUGAUUUAUGAUCAUAACUGUUUAAAGAAAACCGUUGCAAUCAAUAUGCUUUGAAAUUAUAAAUUCUUAAUUAUGAACAUCUUAACCUUACAACUAUAACUAAAUUUUUCAGUGUAAAUAACUGCGAAUAAUCCAAGAACAAUCAUAUUCUUGUAAUCUAUUUUGUGUAAAAUGUAAUUAAAUAUCAGAAAAUUCCGUAGAUAGUUACGUAAGGAAAAAAGAAAUAUUUAGAUUGGUGCUGUUUUCGAAACAAUAAAAACAUGAAACUUGUUAAAGGGUCAAUGGAUAAAGGUUUAAGAAAUUUUAUCAAAGCAAUGAAUAGAUUCAACUUUUAGAUAAUUUCUUCAUUUCAUUAUGACUCUUGUAUGUAGAAUUUUUUAUUCGGAAUAUUGUUAGAAUCGGAUAGUAGAGAGAUGAAUCGAAACAAUAAAAUUAAUGUUAUAAAAUAUGUUUCACUAAUUAAUUUACAAUUUUAAUAUCUAUUUUUACAGAGAAAAAAAAACUAAAUAAAAUUUUAUGUAGUAAAAUCGAAAA